UUCUUGGAUCCUAUAAGUGUGGUCACCCUGUUUAUAUGUUCACGUUGAAAGUAAAUGAAUAAUUCCUGUAAAAUGUCAGAUAAUGUCCUUUGUAAAUUGUGCCACGAUAAUCUCGCUGUAAAUGUCGAUCUCAAGGUUGAGUCGGCCAGCAGGAAACUGCUCCAAAGGCUCUUGAACAGCUACGAAAUUGAUGUGUCUGUCCUGGAGGAACAAUCAAGCAUUUGCAAACAGUGCUUCGGCUUGGUUUUACAUAUGAGCGAAACCCUUGAGAAAUGGAGCAAGGCCCAGGAAGUGCUCAAGGCCAUUCCUUUAGACAUCGACGACUCCAAGAUAUUUCAAAUCAAGUUGGAGCCCGACUCAGAUGCCCAGUUCUCGGAGAUUCAAGAAGAGUUUUUGCCAGAAGAUAAUGUCAUGUCUAUAAAAGUGGAAGAACCCCAAACGGACGACAUAGAGAUAAUAGAGGGCGACGAGGAUCCAAUAGAAGAGUUAUCCUCCGAUGACACCUUAAGCUCUGAUGACGAAGUAGUAAGCUCCGAAGAAAGUGACAAGGAAAUGUCAGCAGAUAAAGCAAAUACCGAUUGGAGAUCGAAUCCCCAGAACUUCUUCUGUGUGUGCCUAGGACCCGAUGGCUUGGCCUUAACCAUACUGUUCAAGGACAAGACAAAGGAGAGCAACAUUCGGAUGCUGUGCACCUGCUGCAACCAGUUGUUUGCCACCUUAUCUGAUAUCCAAAAGCACGCGUCCAAAAGCCGUGCACUUCCCGAGUACUGGUGCGGCGUCUGCGAUGCCAUUUAUCCGAGCUUCUUCGAACUAAAGGUGCACGAGCGAAUAAAGAAACACUCGAGGCCAAAGACCAGGGCCAUGGUCAUGCGAUGCCUUAAGUGCGGAACGAGGAGCAAGCAACUGAGUGAGGCUAUCAGGCACGAGAACGAAGCCCACGACAAGUCCUCCCUUGAGUGUCACAAGUGCCGGGUGACCUUCGAGGUCCGCGAGUUCUUCCAAAAGCAUCUACUGAAGCACCAAACCUACCUGUGUCGAUAUCCAAACUGCUCAACACGAUACCGAUCGUUGCCAGGUUACACAAAGCACCUGGCCUGGCACAAUAACCACAGAUCCGAGUGUCCCAUCGACGGUUGUACCGUCAUAAUGAAUCCAAGGGGUCACGAUCUGCACCUAAGGACGCACCUGUCACCGCAGGCACGAGCCAGCUUGGCACGAGCCAGCUUGGUUAAAAGGAAAAGACAAGCACAUAAUUCUUGGUAAUAAAAUAAAAUAUUUAAUUAUUUAUAAGGCAAAACUUUAA